CAGUUGUAAGCUGUUGAUGGUCCCCUGUUGUAUAUCUCACCCAUGGCGUACUUACCCUUCACCUAUAAAAGAUUCAGGUCACGUUAAUAAAUUCUGCGUACGUUAGCAACCACUAAAAUAGAUCCGUAAGAAAUACAACGAAAAGAAAUCAAAAGAUUUCCGAUUAUCCAUCAUCAGAAUCGUCCUGUUCAACGAUUCCGAUCACUUCGCUUAAUCAUAAGGUUGGAUUUGGAAGUGGAGGUGAAGUGAAUAACAUGCAUCCUAUGGAAAACAAGAAAAAAUGUUGGCCUAUUGAGAGGAAAGCGCCUUCACUGGUUGAUCUUUGUGUUAGUGUAGCUAUUAGUAAUGUGAGAUAUUUAGGUGAUGUUGGCGAAACGGAUUUACAUCUUCUCGAUCAGAUUUUACCACAUUGUACAGUGGAUCAGUUGACGCACAUUGAGAAGAGCACACAAGAGCGAGAUCUUAGUCCCGUAACUGAUAAGUUAUGGAAGUCUUUCUAUGAGAAGCAGUUUGGUGAAAGAAACACUAAUUCAGUAACCGAGAAAAUGAGACGGUGUAAAAUUUCCUUCAAGUGGAUAGACCUUUACGGUAGCAAAUUGAAGGAACUUGCUGAAAGAGAGGAUGAAGCAGUUGCUCGACUUCGACAAUCGUACAAAAAAGAAGUCGAUAAAAAACAAAGUAGGCAAAUACGUAUCUGUACAAAGAUUCCACCUUCAAGUAAAAGAAGCUUUUUUGGAGGUAGUGGCCCUGGAUGUAAUCUUUCCAAUGUGAAGAGUAACAUAAUGAAGAAAUCAAAAAUAGACUUUCUGAAGAGGACAAUCAUAUAAAGGCGAGACAUUCGUAAGGAAAGUGGGAAUUUUAUUGCUUAGAAGGGGCUAAGGGAUGUGAUACCGACCUCAUAGUGUCCGACUCCCAGGCGAGCCAUGAAUUGCCCUUGUGAAUUAUAGCUCGCCUAUAGACAAGUCCUCCAAAACUCACCUCGCAAAGUGGUGAGUUCUCCCGGAUGCCUAAUGUAUCGCCUAAAUUAGGUUUCUCCACGAUGGAUCUCAUCUCGUCUAAGACCUUGGGAAAGGCAAUGUGUGCCCUCAUCUGCACGAAAUCUCGAAAAACGGGUUAUUCACGUACAGAGGAACGUGGGACUAAACCACGAUUUGAGAAACAAUACCCUAUCUCCUCAGGGCCUUUAAAUAUCACACUACCGGGUUUGGGAAGGUAUUCGUUUUCUAGCCCUAAAUAUUUA